CGUCCAUGUCAAGUAAAGUAAGCGAGUUUUCGACUCUGUAAUUUAAGAUCAAUAUAAAUUAAAAAUGCGGAUUCUCAUAUAAGUUACAGAAAUUGUGUUAUCGGACAAUCAUGAACUUGAUCAAAAGAUGUUAGUGUGAUUAUACGUGUUAAAAGGGCUUGGGCCAUAAUACCUUGCAUCGUGAACACUUGAAGUACAUUGCCGUAGAGAAAUGACGGGACAGUCCUUUAUCUUGAACAAAGUGAAGUGUUAGCCCUUAAUUGUGUGAACUCGUUUUUGUCAUUAUGUAGUAAAGACGUUCAGUUUUUAUUACGUUUAUUUUAAUAAAUACUGCAUUUAGGAGUUUACUUAGUUAUUGUUAUGUCGUCGAGAUGAUGUGGUUUUGCGCAGCGGUGGCGGCCGCGGUGAUAGCCGCCUUGAAUGUACACGGGGAACAAGUUAUGCUUCUUGACACAACAACAGAAUCGAAUCUCGGAUGGACACGUUAUCCUUAUGGCCCACAAGCAAAUACGCCUGGUUGGACGGAAGAAUCUUAUACUAAUUUCGAGAAACUAAUAAAUUGGCGAUCUUACGUGGUGUGUGAUGUUGCACACCAUAAUGUUAAUAAUUGGUUAUGGACACCAUUUAUAGAGCGAAGAAAUGCAAAUCGAAUUUAUAUUGAGAUUAAAUUUACCAUUAGAGACUGUUCACUUUUCCCAGGCAAUGCACUAAGUUGUAAGGAGACAUUCAGUUUGCUAUACUAUGAGUUUGAUGUUGCUACAAGAGAACAACCACCAUGGGAGCCAGAAAGCUAUAAAUUAGUUGGCCGAAUUGCAGCUGGAGAAGGGAGAUUUAACACAAAUUCAGAAGUUAACAUUAAUACUGAGGUAAAAAGUAUAGCAGUGACAAAACGCGGUGUUUAUAUUGCAUUUAGAGACCAAGGAGCUUGUAUUUCGAUUUUAGCAGUGAAAGUUUAUUACAUAACUUGUCCAGAAGUAACAAUCAACUUUGCGAAAUUCCCUGCUACUCCUACAGGGCGUGAAGUAACAGUAAUAGAACAAGCCAAUGGAACUUGUGUUGAGAAUGCUGAAACAGCAUCAGGUGAGGCAUCUCCAGUAUAUUUAUGUAAAGGUGAUGGUAAAUGGACCCUGCCAAGUGGUUCUUGCAAAUGUCGAGCUGGUUAUGAACCUGAUCAUAAUAAUCAAAUCUGUAUUGAAUGCUCUCCUGGUAAAUUUAAAUCUCAUACUGGAGAUGAACCUUGCAUACCAUGUCCUGAUUAUUCAGAGACUACAGCAUAUGCAUCAGCAGAAUGUAAAUGUGUUCCUGGGUUUUAUAGAGCCAAAAAAGAUCUCAAAAAUAUACCUUGUACCCAGCCACCUUCAGCACCCGAUAAUUUAACUGUAACAUUUGCUGAUCAAUUUUCAAUAUCACUUGCAUGGCAACCUCCCCAUAAAACCGGUGGCCGUACUGAUGUGACAUACAAAGUUCAUUGCUUAAAUUGUGGCCCUAAUGUUGAAUAUAGACCUUCUGCUUCUGGCCUAAAUUCAACCAGAGUAACCAUAAUGGGGUUAGAUCCAGUAACAGAAUAUAAAUUUCAAGUUUUUGCUUUAAAUGGUGUUACUGACUUGACCGGUGAACCAGCCAAGAAAAUAGAAAUAACAGCGGUCACUGAAGCCUCCGUUGUCAGUGUCAUUACUAAGUUAAGAGUUGUAAGUGUAGAAAAUGACAAACUGGCACUUGCCUGGAAUCCACCACCAAUAGACUUAACAGAUCCAGAUGAUGCCAUAGAAAGUUAUGAAGUGAAAUGUUUCCCAAAAGAUAAUCUGGAAAAGAGUGCUAAUGCAACAGUCAAAAUUACUAAAGAACCUCAUGUUAUUAUUACUGGUUUAAAGAGGGAUACAGAGUAUGGUAUUAGAGUGAGAGCUAAGAUGAAAAGAGGCUGGGGAGAAUUGAGUGGAAUUGUUUAUGCCAGAACGGGAUCUGUGCUUGAAACAUCAUUUGUUGGUGAGGAAGAAGGAGCACAAGUACGAUUAGUAGCAGGUGUAAUGGUAGCAGUUGUUGUGCUCUCAGUAGUUGCAAUUAUUGCUACUGUUUUGUUUUUGCGGUCACGAGCAGAUGAUGAAUGUGAUAAAAAACAACCAAGUGAUUGUAAUGCAUUAAAUUAUCGUAAUGGGGAAGUUUACACUGGUCCAGACAGACCUGCAAAAACAAGUAGCAAUGCUACCACACCUCUUUUUGCAGGAACAGGUUCCAGGACGUACAUAGAUCCACAUACCUAUGAAGAUCCUAAUCAAGCUGUACGAGAGUUUGCACGUGAAAUUGAUGCAUCUUGCAUAACAAUAGAGGCAAUUAUUGGUGGUGGAGAAUUUGGAGACGUUUGCAGGGGAAAACUUAAAUUGCCUGCUAGUUGUGGUCAAGAAAUUGAUGUGGCUAUUAAAACACUCAAACCUGGAUCUACUGAGAGAGCAAGAAGAGACUUCCUUGCAGAGGCGUCUAUAAUGGGACAAUUUGAGCAUCCUAAUGUCAUAUUUCUACAAGGGGUUGUAACAAAAUGCAAUCCAAUUAUGAUUAUAACAGAAUUUAUGGAAAAUGGUUCUUUGGAUACUUUUCUACGUGCUAACGACGGCAAGUUUCGUGUUUUGCAGUUAGUAGGUAUGUUACGUGGUAUUGCCACUGGAAUGCAAUAUUUAUCAGAAAUGAAUUAUAUUCACCGUGAUCUAGCUGCAAGAAAUGUUCUUGUAAAUUCACAACUUGUAUGUAAAAUUGCCGAUUUCGGUUUAUCACGUGAAAUCGAAUCAGCUGCAGAUGGUGCUUAUACCACACGUGGAGGAAAAAUACCAGUACGCUGGACAGCUCCUGAAGCAAUUGCAUUCAGGAAGUUCACUUCAGCAAGUGAUGUAUGGUCUAUGGGUAUUGUUUGUUGGGAGGUUAUGAGUUUUGGUGAACGUCCAUAUUGGAACUGGAGCAAUCAGGAUGUCAUUAAAUCUAUAGAAAAAGGAUAUCGACUACCAGCGCCAAUGGAUUGUCCAGAAGCAGUUUACCAGUUAAUGUUAGAUUGCUGGCAAAAAGAACGUACCCAUCGACCUACUUUUGCGAGCAUAGUAAAAACACUAGAUAAGCUUAUUCGUUGUCCCGACACUUUAAGAAAGAUAGCUCAAAAUCGUUCUGCCGAUCCACUUGCAGGUGAUACACCUGAUUUGAUUCAAUUUUCUUCAGUUGAAGAAUGGUUGGAGUGCAUCAAAAUGUCUCGUUACAUUGAAAAAUUCAGAGCAGCCGGUAUAUCGGAUAUGAACGCCGUCGUUGACCUUACAGUUCACCAGCUAGCUUCAUUAGGAGUGACUCUAGUUGGACAUCAAAAGAAAAUUAUGAACAGUGUUCAAAGUAUGCGUGCUCAAAUACGCGUUAGUGGCCCAUAUGGUUUUCUUGUUUAAUAAAGUGUUAAAGCAUUGCUAGUGUCUGUAAGAAGAAAACCAUUGGAUGUUGAUCUCCCAUUAAACGUGAUUGGAAUACAGUGAUUAAUAUUAAAAAAUGAUGCAUUUGUAUAUUUUUCUAAAAAAGAACUCAUAAGAAUAGACAAUUUUGGUGAACAUUGUUGUCUUUCAAUAGAUUUUAAGUAAAUUUAUCUUGACAUGCUAUUUGAAUUUGUUUUUUUACUCUUAAACAAACAACAAUUUUGAAUACAACUGGAAGCCUACGAUUUUAAAAACCAUUGUUAAUAUGUAAAGUCUUGCUGUUGUAUUGAAAUAAAAAUGACGAUAAUUUUUUGUUGUAAGUAAGAAAUACUUUUUAAAUUGGAUAUAAGAAACAAAGAGCUUGUUUCAAUAACAUGAAUAGAAAAGGCUUUAUUUACAUAUACUGUUUGAUCCCUUAUUUUAUAUUUUUUAGUCUUUAAACAGAAAUAUGUUACAGCUAAAAAUGCAGCUAAUCAUAAACAAUUGUAUAAGGGCCUAAAAAUUUAGAAUAUUUAUUUAUAUAAAAACCAUAGCUUUAUAAACCGUCUUGCUACUACUGUACAUCGAAAUAAAUGCCAAUAUUUUUUUUAGAUAAAUAAUUUCUAUGUUACUUUUCAAAACAAAUAUUUGGAAUAUGUUGAAAUUUUAUGUAACUGACGAAGGCUACUGGUGUAUGAUAAAUGAAACAAAGGAAAAAUAACUUUCUUAAUAAAUUUUUUUGUAGUAACACUAAAAUAUAUAUAUCUCUUAAAUAGAACAAAAUCCAUUACAUUUGUAAAUUUUUUGAUUUUCCAAGUAAGCAAUGACAUUUAAAAUAGAUUUAAAAAAGAAGGAUAUAGUGUAAGAGUAACUAACAUCUUUAUAUAGAAACAUUCCGACUAACAAGUAUAAUUUUUUUCUUUUUAAGAAUAUACAUUGUAGGUAGCUAAAUUUGCUGUAAUAAUUUUGAUAUAUGAUUGUGUUUAUUAAAGUUUAAAUUUUUAUAUAAGGAUAAUAAUGUUUUAGUAUAAGAAUGUAUAAGAAAUACUCAAAAGUCUAUGCCAGUCAUAAGAUUUUAUUUAUCCAAAAUUCGAUUUUUAUAUGAGUAUACUGCCAUUGUGAUCAGACUCAAGUACUUAAUAAACUUAUAAACUUGCCACAAUUUAAUCGCAUUUGUUUAAGUUUUUACUUUUUUAUGUAAAUAAGGCUGAAUUUACUCAUAUGUGGUAUGUGUUAUGUUAGUGUAAAACUUUGCUUUAAUAUAUUAGAUUUUUCAUCAAAAUUUUAUAUGUACUGUACCUAGUUUUUGAGUGAUCCGAGUGUUUGAUUAUGGCUGUGUAGUACAGAUCAUUUUAAAAAUAUUGUUUGAAGUACUAUAAUAAAACUUAAUUUUUAUAUAUUAACUUAAAACUGAAAAUGUAAUUUUUAGUUAAACCACAUGAUUUGAUUUUGUGUCGUAUCUACGAUACUUUUUUAUGUGUAGACAUUUUCUUAUUUAAAACUUUUAAACAAUUUUAUAGAAUAGCCUAGGAUAAAUAAAUAAUACUGCCAAUAUAGUCAUAAGAGCUUUGUAUUCCCAGCUUGUGAGGGUCAUGGGUGCGAUCGCUUACUUAUGAUGUGAAUGCUAUGCGAGUUCAUUAAUAUUAUAAAUUUAAAUGCUGAGCGAUUUAUUAUUAAUGGGUAUGAAGUGGUUUGCGAAUUUCGUAUAAAAUUCUCCUUAGUAUCUUGUUUGCUUUAUAAGUUUUUUUUAGGGUGUUGAGUGUUAACAUUCAUAAAUUUGAAUCAAUUCAAACGUGUUCUAACGUUAUUUAUAAUAAACAUUUUAUUUACGCGAAGCUUUCAAUCGAACAAAUAAAUUAUAUAUACAUACAAAGCGAUUAAAAUUUAUUCUAUAGUACUCGACAGAUUUACAUGCGAGCCAUUUUUUCAUCAUUUUCGUGCUAUUAAUAUGUUUAAUAUAUUAUUAUGACACAAUCAUUAACAUUUGAAUAUUUUUUACAUCUUCUUUAUUUAAUGCCAGUUCCCAAUUUUUUGUUUACCUAAUUUUAAUAUACUUCUUUCAAACCGUUACUAUUAUUCAAGUAAAAUAUAUAAUAGUGGUAAGCUCUAAUUUUCUCCAUUAUUGGGUUUUUCAUCGUCUCAAGAAUUUUUAUAAAUAGUAGUGACAUUUUCUGAGUUAAUUGUAUUAAAUUUCUAUGCGGGUAAUAUAAACACGAUAUACAAAAGUUGUUCAAAUGUUACAAAGAACGUAGACGCGAGACGUAAAUUUUAUAAACCAUUCGUAUAUCUUCGUUAAACUUCGUCACGUACGUAUGUAGCGUCGCGAUUACUUUCGGCUUAUUUAUUCGCCACGAGAUACUCGAGCCCGAUGACGUCAUUUGGCCACUGUCUGACUUGUCUUGUAAUGUAUAUAUUUUACAGGUAAAAGAUUUAAAUGAUCCGCUUAUAAAAAUAUGUAAUACAUUUUAAGCACGUAUUAAUUGUCAAGUAGCUAAAGUUUAUUGAUACACCUGUAGUAGGAAAAUUGUAUCAAAAUACAUUUAUGAUUAAAAAAACCUUUCAAAUAUUUAUAAAUCAGUUUAAAGACUAAGUAACUGAUACUUACUGAUACUGAUAUGAUAUAUAUAUAUACUUUUUUCUCUGGAUAGAAAACUUUAUGUCUGAUAAGUCUUAUGUGGAAGUCUCCCAUCUUCCUAAGAAAACUUUCUCUUCCUAAAGUUGAAACUAUUGUUUCCUUUACAGUUGCUUCUUGUUUUUACCAAACUUUGUUUCUAACGUCCUCCCCUUUUCAAAUAAGUUGUGCAUGACGCAAAAAAAUGAUGAAAACUUUUGUCAAUCUAGAAUUAUUUAAAUUGAUCAUUAAACGAAAUUACCAAUUUAAAUGUAUAGAUUUUAAAAUUGAUGUCAUAUUGGUGAAUAAUCUAAUUUUUUACUUUAUGAUAAUUUUAAAUCUACCGUAUUCCAGACCAAAAAUCGAACACAUGCAUCUGCUACAUAUUAUACCGGUAUACAUUGCCACAAUAUAAAUCAACGUAUAAGAUUUGAAUUAAUCCACAAUUACAGUUUAUUUUCAAAAGGUUUGUAAUUGGCUUUGAAAAGCUUUAAAUUAUUUAUUUUAAGCAAGAGAGUUCUUUGUGCUUUGUCAAAUAUAUAUUCUGUUAAAAUACCUUGCCAGUGUCUUCCAUGAUCCACUUCUCUAUUGAAGUAGUCUAAAUUAAAUUUUUCAUAAAAAAAAUAUACUCGAAUAAAUGAUAAGGAUGUGUGUUUAAGCUCGUUAUAUUUAAAGAAAAAAAUGCCACCUUAAAGAUAAUACAACAAUUUGUUGGAUUGCCAUAUGAACUUUAUUAAUUUCUUCUGCCUUAUAUAAACUAGUCACUAUUAUUGCCACUAGAUUUCAGUGAAGUAUUUAACUCUGUUGAUUUGGACGUAUAAAGAACAGCUGAACUGUUCUUAAAUUUGUCAACAUGUAUCGGAUGUUAUUCAGUGUAGACUUUCUUGCUUGCUGAGUGCUAAGGUCGAAUCAUCUCUCCCUGUUACAUAAAUUGCCGGUGUUUUGUGUGGUGUCCCAUUUAUUUACCUCUUUUCUAUUUUUAUUUUCCUAAUCCAGCAUAAGACACCAGUCGAACCUUCGACUAAAUAGUGACUUAUAAACGAAUUAUUUUCGGACUGGGUAAAUUUGAUCAUAUAUUUAAAUACCAAGCAGGACUUGGAAGGAUAAGGUUACACUAUAUUGCACAUAUUAUUUUCGCCCUUUUCCAAUCCCUUUUCUUCCUUUUCCCCCUUAUAAUCCUUUAACCCCUACUAAUAACUCUUUUUUAUCUCCACCUUAAUCUUUAAACGCGUAUUUGUCAAUCGGCUGGAAUCGCCGAUUCUUGUUACCUGCAAUACUGUAGUUCGUCUUUAAUUUUAAAUUAGCAAAACUGUUCAAAUAACCUUAAUGAUGAAAUUGAUUAUUCAUGUUAUCUCCCUAUGUUUUCAAAUGUCGUUAAUAUUGCUUAUCACUUUACCCAUAUUAUAUUACCUUGGAAAUAUUUAAGCAUGUUCGUUAAUAUUUUGCAUUAUCCCAUAUUGUGGUCAAUCAACUCGAAUAAUCUAAAGUUGUCUUUAAGAGAUUGCACAUAGCAAUAAGACCGCCUUUGAUGCUUUUCCUCGGAUUUUUUUUUUAACUAAUAUCAGUACGAUUGUUUUAUUUCUGCGUGUGCAAUAAUAAUAAAAAAAUAGUAAUAUUCAUUACCUAUAUAAAUAUUUUAAAUGUAACGUAAAAAAUUACAAAGUCGGUCUUAUAACACCAAUUAUCAUAUCCAAUAAUCAAAGUAGAUAAAAUAUUUAUAUUGAUAGUAAUAUUAAUAGGUCGAAAGCAUAUUAUUUAUGACCUCGAUUAUUUUCAAAGUUAUGGAGAUGAUACGAUUUUUGAUACAAUGGACAAAAAAAAUUUAGAUAUUUAUAAAAAUUGCUUGUCCAGUAUUGUAAUUGGUUUUUAGUGUAAUAUUAAAAUAUUUAUUUUUUAUUAAUAUAGUGAUAUAGAAAGAAUCAAUUUUUUUCUUUUCAAUUUAAUGUAUGAAUGUAUUUAUGUUUAUAAUCAUAUUUUAAUGUUAAUUUUAUAUUCAAACCUAAUUGUUUCUCAGUAUUGCGUUUUUAUACAUUUUCUAACUUGAUGUCGUUAAUAAUGUAUGUGGUUGUACAUUGUGUCUCCGAUAAUAAUCUAUACGCCUAAAGCAAUAAAUUCGCCUCUCUUAGAAGGAUGUAAGACACAUUUGUAUAAGAAUAAAUUAAAAUGACAUAGUUUGUAUAUUUGUAGCGUCUUUCCUCGUCAUUUUUUUAUUAAUAUUAAUUCAAAUUUUUGAUUAAAGGAUAUAACAGUUUUGUUAUCCGAGUAUUUAUAAAAAUGUUUUAAACUAUAUUAAUACGUCGAUGAGGAAAGUUCGCAUUCUUUAUAUGUGAUACUGUAAGAAUAAAGGCCAUACUCAGAACUAAAUGAAUAUUUAGUAUGUAAAAUUGCUUACGCGAGAGUUGUCGUAGAGCUAAUCAUUAUUGUCAUUUAUUAAAUUGAAUAGUUGACCUGUAGUAACACCAAUCAUAGCCUAAUUACUUGUAAUUCAUAGAGUGAUCUAGUUUAAUAAUAAUUAUUAUAAGAUUUUUUAUAUAUAGAGAGCUAUUACGGGGGCACUGAUUGCGCCUUUUGGAUGGAGAUGUUUUAAUUUAUUUAAAAUAUCUGUUAUACUUUCGAAUAUAAGAAGAUUUAUAAUGGAAAUGAUGUGAAAUUAAAGAAGUUGCUAAUAUCAAGAGCCGAUUGUGUCACAAUGCCCCCGAGUAGUUACAGAUCGUUAAAAUAUAACUUAGGCAGCCUAAAUUUUUAAAUCGGAUUAGAUACAAUCAAUGAAAGUGUAAGCUUGGCUAUAAUUUAUGUAAUAAAUAUUGA